AUGUCUGCUCUAACCGUGUCCCUCGCCGCAUACGACGCCCAGCAUCCCCCGUCCCCGCCCUCCGCGGUGCUCCCCACUCUACCCGUGCUCGACGACAUCGACGCCGACGCCGCAUCGCCCCCGCCCUCGUCAUCGCCCUCGUCGUCGCAGCUGUCCACCCUCACAGCCUCCACCUCCUCGUCCUCCGCGGACUCCUCCACCUCCAGCUCCAGCUCGAUGGACCUGCGCGCAAACGAGCACCUCGCAGUCCUCCUCCCGAAACACCUGUGGAAAGAAGACGCCCUCGCAUCCGCGUGCGACAACUUCUACUGCCGCGUCCGCUUUUCCAUCUUCGAGCGCAGACACCACUGCCGCAAGUGCGGCUCCGUCUUCUGCGCCGCCUGCACGUCCCACACCACCGCCCUCCUCGACACCUCCUCCCCCUUCCUCCCCUUCACCCACCCCCCGCACCGCACCCCCAUCGCCGUCUACGCCUCCAAGGACAGCCCCGUCGUCGAGAACGCCCGCGUGUGCACCGCCUGCUUCGACCAGAUACACGGCAUCCCGCAGCGCCAGCGCACCCCCGAGCUCGUCAAGUCCGUCAAGGGCAAGCCCUCCAUCUCCUCGCUCACGUCGUCCUCCUCCCGCUCCAGCGCCUCCUCAUCCGCCUCCGCGGACGCCCCCGCAACACCGACGUCGCCAUCGCUCUCCCCCUCCCCCUCGCUCGCCCCCUCCCCUCCCACUCCGCAUACACGCACGCGCACGCGGAGCAAGCGCCGCAUCUCGCUCCUCACAUCCACGCAGCCCACCCUCCCCGCGGACGUCCUCGCGGCCCUCUCCUCGCUCUCGCAGCACCCCCACCACACCGUCCGCGCCCUCAAUACCCCCAACACCGGGCGCGGGAGCGGGGCCGUGUCCCCGGCGUCCGAGGACCCGCUCUCCGUGUACCCGCUCACGCGCCACUCGGCGGUGUGCAAGGCCAUGGGCGGCGGGCGCUGGACGCCCACGCCGUCCUCGCCCUCGCAUACCUCCCCGCUCUCGCCCCUCCACUCUCCUUCUCCGCUGCACACCUCGCCGCUGCAUUCGCCGCUGGGCCAUCCCGCGUGGAGCGAGAAGGCGGAGAGGAGGGGCUAUUUUGAUCUGGGCGAGAUCGUGAGCGACGAGGCGGGGUUUAGGUACCGGCGCGUGCUGCAUGUGCAAAUGCGGGAGGAGGUGGAGGCAGAGGAGGGGGUCCGGCCUUUCUGA